UUCAAGAAAUAGAAAGAAAAUCCAAGAUAAAAAGCUUUUUCAUGCGUUAAAACAAACAAGUGUUUUCCUCAUUUCUUGUUGGGGUUUUGUCCAUUGUCGAAAUUCUCUCGUUUAAAAUAGGAGUAGUAAACAAAGAGAAUAUUCUGAGACGGCCUGUUCAACUACUCCAUCUUCCAGCACAUAACCCGCUAGCUGUAUUACCUGUACAUAGAUAAAGUCCUGACUUCUCUAGCAAAGCAAACCAAUGCAUGAAAUGAAUUCGGAUUGGGCGCUCUCCUUGCAGAGCCACAACCAAGAUUUCGCCAUUCGACAAUUUUGUGCUGCUGCCCGAAUGAACGAUCAACAACAACAACAACAUUCACAAAAUAGUAUAAGUGAGCUGUACACUUAUACUAGCACCCCUGAUCACUCAGCCUCUUCCCAGGAGGAGCAAGAAUUUGUUGAUAGCUUCUUCAACGUUGAUUCUUACGACAAAGAUCCUCUUGAUCACCAAGUAAAUCUUGAUAAUGAGGAGUUUGGAGACUUCACAUCAAUGAUACUCAAUGAAUACAGUUACGAGAAUCCAUCAAUGCUGACCGAUGAAGAACCAAGGUAUACCGUCCUAGAGGCUUCUAGCUCAAGCGAUGAUCUUAUUGGAGCGGAAACAAUUAGCCAUGACAUUGUGGAGGCAGAGGUGGAUCAGGGGCUUCAGCUUGUACAUUUGCUCUUGGCUUGUGCUGAGGCUGUAGGUUGUAGGGACACUCAACUUUCUGAUUCAUUGCUUACUCAAAUCUGGCCUGCAGUCACCCCUUUUGGUGACUCGCUCCAAAGGGUCUCCUAUUGCUUUGCUUUGGGACUUCAAUCCAGACUAAUGCUUCUUCAACAUAGAAAUAAUGCAGGUGCAACAUUAAUACAGGACCAGUUAGCAGCUUCAUCUAGAGAGGAGAAAAGAGAGGCCUAUCAUUGGUUGAACCAAAUCACUCCGUACAUGGCUUUUGGUUUCAUGGCUGCAAAUGAUGCUAUCUGCAAAGCUUCCAGAGGGAAGGAACGCUUGCAUAUCAUUGAUCUUGGAAUGCUCCAUAUUUUUCAAUGGCAAUCCUUAAUUAGAACGUUAACUGCACAACCAGACUCACCUCCUCCAAGACAAGUUCGCAUCACAGGCAUUCUUGAAGAUACUCAUGAUUUUAUGGAGCUUGAACUUGGAUUGAAGAGCCUUAUGGAUGAGGUUGCUGCUACUUCUUCAGGCAAUAUUCGUCUAGAGUUCCAAGUAAUCAAGGAGACAGUAUCAGCAUCGCUCUUCACUAGGGAAAAGCUUGAUGUAAGAGAAGGGGAGGCUUUAAUUGUGAACAGCGUCAUGCAGUUGCACAAUUAUGUAAAAGAGAGCAGAGGAUCUCUCAAGACCAUUCUUCAAGCCAUCAAGAAAUUAGGCCCUUCUCUGGUUACUGUGGUGGAACAGGACGCCAAUCACAAUGGCCCUUUCUUUCUAGGAAGAUUCUUGGAAUCACUUCACUAUUACUCUGCCAUUUUUGAUUCACUUGAAGCUAACCUCCCACGGGACUCCACCACAAGGAUUAAGAUAGAGAAGUGUCAUUAUGCAGAGGAGAUUCGAAACAUUGUGGCAUAUGAAGGAUCGAAUAGGAUCGAGAGGCAUGAAAGAGCAGACCAGUGGCGCAGGCAACUUGGACGUGCUGGAUUUCAGGUAGUAGGAUUGAAGUGUAUGAGCCAGGCUCAGAUGAUGCUUUCAGUCUAUGGUUCCGAUGGUUAUACUCUAGCCAGUGAGAAGGGCUGCCUUCUGCUGGGAUGGAAAGGAAGGCCAAUAAUGUUUGCGUCUGCUUGGGAAGUCCACAAUGCUGCAUCCUCCUGAUAUAUUAGUGGACAAAUCUUGCUGUUGAGUCACCUCAUUUGAGAAAAUAAUACUAACCAACAAGGAGGUUCCUAUCAUUUCACUGGAAUUGAGUAUAAGCAGCAAUGCUUGCUUUGAAUUUUUAGAGCUCGCUAUAUUACCAUUUAACCUGAAUUAUUUUGCCCCACAAAUUUUGAGUUUUCGUUAUUCACUUUCUGAUAUCCAACUAACAAGAUAUGAUAUCCGGCGAGAAAUCCUUAUUUUUUCUGAAAGCACAUGACAUUGGCAGUUGGAGACAGCAUUGACCAUAGUAGACACCCAAUCUUUCACAAAGGCCUA